UUAAAACGGAAAAUUCUGAAAAUAAUUCGCAAACAUUUUUCUCGGAUGAUCUGGCAAAUAGUGGGAGAAGUAUAAAAUAAUCUCUUAGAGCUGGACCAGUUAGUGUCCGUGUUUACUCUAAGUGACAUUCAAAAAAUUUCAAGAUGAGUGGCGACGACGACCAGAAGAUGGCCAUCAUCCGCAAGGCCUUCCAGAUGUUCGACACCACCAAGUCGGGCUUCAUCGAGACCAUCAAGAUCGCCACCAUCCUGAACACGAUGGGCCAGCUGUUCGACGAGUCCGAGCUGAACAACCUCAUCACCAAGAACGACCCGGACAGGACGGGCCAAGUGAACUUCGACGGCUUCUGCGACAUCGCCAACCACUUCCUGGAGGAGGACCAGGACGAUGACCAGACGCAGCAGGAGCUCAAGGAGGCUUUCAGGUUAUAUGAUAGAGAAGGAAAUGGUUACAUCACAACUGGGACUCUCAAAGAGAUUCUUGCUGCUCUUGAUGACAACUUGACCAGUAGAGAUCUAGAUGGCAUCAUAGCUGAAAUUGAUACUGACGGAUCAGGCACCGUAGAUUUCGAUGAAUUCAUGGAAAUGAUGACUGGAGACUAAGCUCCUCAUCUGCAGCUUAGCCUAAAAUCUCUAAGAAACUACUAAAUAGACUAAUAUUUUAGUAUUUUAACACGAUUCCAGUUUACAUUACCUGAUAAAAGACAAUGAAGAUCUAUACAAAUACAUAAUAUUUAGUGUAACGUUAUUCCUCCUCUUAUGUGUCGAAUACAUUAUUUUUUUUGAAUA